AGACGUUUCCCAGGCAGUGCGGCUGCGCCAACUCUGGCUCCUCCCACACAUCCCGAAGCCUUAAGCCCCGCCUCGCCACCGUCACCCAGAAGCUCAGGCCUGCACCGAGCAGUUUAGCAUGGGUGCCGCUAGCUCCUCGGCUCUGGCUCGCCUCGGCCUCCCCGGGCAGCCGCGGUCCACCUGGCUCGGCGUCGCCGCGCUGGGACUGGCCGCGGUGGCCCUGGGGACGGUGGCCUGGCGUCGCGUGCGUCCCCGGCGGCGCCGGCAGCUGCAGCAGGUGGGGACCGUGUCAAAGGUUUGGAUCUACCCGAUCAAGUCCUGCAAGGGAGUGUCGGUGUCCGAGACCGAGUGCACCGACAUGGGGCUGCGCUGCGGCAAAGUGCGCGACAGGUUCUGGAUGGUGGUUAAGGAGGAUGGACACAUGGUCACUGCCCGCCAGGAGCCUCGUCUCGUGCUGGUCUCCAUCACCUUGGAGAACAACUACCUGACCCUGGAAGCCCCAGGCAUGGACCCGAUGGUUUUGCCUAUCAAGCUGCCAUCUUCGAAUAAGAUCCACGACUGCAGGCUAUUCGGUCUCGACAUUAAAGGCAGAGAUUGUGGCGAUGAGGUGGCCCAGUGGUUCACCAACUACCUGAAGACGCAACCCUACAGGUUGGUUCAAUUUGAUACCAGCAUGAAAGGAAGGACAACAAAGAAACUGUACCCUUCUGAAAGCUACCUCCAGAAUUAUGAGGUAGCCUACCCAGACUGCAGCCCCAUCCACAUGAUUUCUGAAGCCUCCUUAGUGGAUCUCAACACCAGGCUGAAGAAGAAAGUGACGAUGGAAAACUUCAGGCCAAACAUUGUGGUGUCAGGUUGUGAGGCUUUUGAGGAGGACACUUGGGAUGAGCUCCUAAUUGGUGAUGUCGAGAUGAAAAAGGUGCUGAGCUGCCCCAGGUGCAUCUUGACGACAGUGGACCCAGACACAGGAAUCAUAGACAGGAAGGAGCCGCUAGAAACCCUGAAGAGCUACCGCCUGUGUGACCCUUCUGUGAAGAGUCUGUACCAGACGUCCCCACUGUUUGGGAUGUAUUUCUCAGUGGAAAGAAUUGGAAGCCUGAGAGUUGGUGACCCUGUGUAUCGGAUGGUGGAUUAGUGGAUCCAGUGGGGUGACAAGUUUCCAGGUCCUAGGAGAUACUUCUGCGAGUCCUUACUGCCAGCCAUGACCGUCUUCCUGGAAACGAACCUCCGUUUUUCCUCCAGAGCUUCGUACAACCUGAGUUAAUUCAAGAAAGUACCAGAGGCUCUUUGGGAAUGUGAGGGUGUAUAAAUUUUAGAUAAUGGUGUUUUUUAAAAAGAUGAAAUUGUGCGUACAAUUAUUCUGAAUGUCAUUCCCACUAUUGCCCUUUUCUAAUGACUGCCUCUAACAUUGCUGAGUAAAGGAAGUUUAGAGUCAGCUUAAAAGCUGCCACAUUCUCUUAAAGGUUUAUACUUCCUGUAGCUCUGUUGUCCGAGAGCAGUGGGACAAUGAGCCCUCAUGCCCUGAAUGUCUGUGAGCUACAUGCUUACAGACAUCUGUUUGUGACCUGGCUGUUGAGCCCUGCUGAGCUUGAUUUGUGACUGUUUUUGCCUUACUGUUAUAGAGCCGGGGUUCUGCUUAAAUAUAGAAAUGAUUUCAUAGAUCCUGGAGUUAUUUUCUUCAUAGAUUGUGCCUUUAUAUUUCAUUCUGAUUCUAUUAAGACAUAAAAUUUAUCUCUAAUUGUCAGUUUCUCUUAAUUCCACAAGAAAAUAGAAUUUAAAAGAAUAGACUCUUUGGAAGUAGGAAUGAGCAGGAGAAACCAUGAACACAUUUUUUCAAUGUUCAUAUCUAUUUUUCAUAAUAAAAAAGAACUAGCUUGCUAUAACAAGUAAAGUAACAUGUAAGUGA